ACGAUCGCCCUAGACCUGGUCAACGUCCCUCACGACUUCCUCCUUGGCACAAAUCUCCUUUGGAUUUGUCGCAGCACCACUCGCGUGAAUUUCAGCGUAACUCCACCCGUUCAAACAACGGCCUCCAUGGAUUGGCACAAUGGCAUAAAAUCUUCCCUGCCGGUCUUCCUGGUGACACUGAUUUGUCCCCUCCUAUUGGCUAUUAAGCCCCUGCAGUCCUGGGAGGAGGGCCCGAUGGACGACAAGGAAUGCAGCAUCGAGAAGGCGAAUUUGUGGGAAAAGAUGAAACGCCUCUACAACUCGGCGAGGGCGAAGCACAUGCUAGAAUUUGCAAGUCCACAAGAGCAUCCAUUGGUAAGACAUGCAUCUUACAUUUGCGCUAAGCUUAAAAGAUGGGAAUACGCACUUGCAAACUUUCUCAUCCUCAACGGAGGUGAUUGGGUGAACACUCGGCUUGUCUACCUGGCCUUUCUAAUUAUGAUAACCGACGUCGUGUUGACAAAAGACACAACACACCUAAAAGGAGUACUGGAAAUCUACGUAAUGGUUCACUACAUAGUCUUCUCUUGUAUGGACCUGUGCGCGUUUUUCCUCCACUGGUAUUCUUCAUCCUGGAUGACGGCAUAUCGGAGCGCCAAAACCACACCGUUCACCAUGUUCAACUAUUUCACAUAUGUGGUAUUCUUUGUAUGGCUCAUCCUCAGAGUGGCCGACAUUGACGAUUUAGAUGUGGUGCAAGAGGUGUUCGUCUUCUUUCUCAUCUUGUGCUACGUUCGGAUACUUGAUUACCUUCUGGUUUUCAGGCCAUUCGGCCCGCAUAUUCUCAUCAUGAAGCCGAUGCUGCAGGAGUUCUCGAUCUUUCUGGUAGUGAUUAUCAUUGUGCUUGUUCCACAGGCCAUUGCUUUGCAACGAUUGAGCUAUCCUUACGUAAGGGAAUUUACUGCCGGAGAACUCCUAAGCAUUCUGGAAUAUCCCUACUAUAACCUCUAUGGAGAGAUAGAACCAGACGGACUUGCAGGCUUGAACGAAAACUGUGAUCCCACCGUAGACAACUGCCCCGUUUCCAAUCCAAUAGCAAAUGUUCUUCAAGUGCUUUACCUCUUCUUUGCUCUGGUCUUGCUGAUUAACCUCCUGAUCGCGGUCUUUAGGUGA